GGAUUAUAGCUAAAUGACAGCGAUCUGUUGCAAUGAGAAAGCCUCUUUGUGUGUAUAUAAGACAUUUCUGCCGCAGUUUCUUUCUUUGGAAUAAUGUCGGCUGAAUAUGAUAAUAGAGACAAUGGCCCAGAGGGCAUGGAGCCAGAUGGGAUCAUUGAGAGUAACUGGAAUCAGAUCGUGGACAGUUUUGAUGAGAUGAGCCUGCGCGAGGCUCUGCUCAGGGGAAUUUAUGCCUAUGGUUUUGAGAAGCCUUCCGCGAUCCAGCAGAGAGCCAUUGUCCCUUGUAUCAAGGGUUACGAUGUGAUUGCUCAGGCCCAGUCUGGCACUGGGAAGACUGCCACCUUUGCCAUUUCCAUCCUCCAGCAGAUUGAUGUGGAGCUGAAAGACACUCAGGCUCUGGUCCUGGCUCCCACAAGGGAGCUGGCUCAGCAGAUCCAGAAGGUGGUGCUGGCCCUGGGUGACUACAUGGGAGCCAGUUGCUAUGCCUGUAUCGGCGGGACCAGCAUUCGCAGUGAAGUCCAGAAGCUGCAGGCUGAAGCCCCACACAUUGUGGUGGGAACCCCCGGCCGUGUCUUCGACAUGUUAACUCGCAAAAACCUCUCUUCUAAGCACAUCAAAAUGUUUGUGCUGGAUGAGGCUGACGAAAUGCUUAGCCGAGGGUUCAAGGACCAGAUUUAUGAGAUCUUCUUGAAACUGUCGAGCAGCACACAGGUUGUCCUACUGUCGGCCACCAUGCCAGCUGACGUUUUGGAGGUCACAAAGAAGUUCAUGCGUGAACCUGUCCGAAUCCUGGUAAAGAAGGAGGAGCUGACCCUUGAGGGCAUCCGUCAGUUCUACAUCAAUGUGGAGAAAGAGGAGUGGAAGCUGGACACGCUGUGUGACCUGUAUGAAACCCUGACGAUCACACAAGCAGUCAUCUUCAUUAACACAAGGAGGAAAGUGGACUGGCUCACUGAAAAGAUGCAUGCCAGAGACUUCACUGUCUCUGCUCUGCAUGGUGACAUGGACCAGAAAGAGAGAGACUUGAUCAUGAGGGAGUUCCGCUCUGGCUCCAGUCGAGUCCUGAUUACCACUGACCUGCUGGCAAGAGGUAUUGAUGUCCAGCAGGUGUCCCUAGUCAUCAACUAUGACCUGCCGACCAAUAGGGAGAACUACAUCCACAGGAUUGGUCGGGGUGGUCGUUUUGGGAGAAAGGGAGUAGCCAUCAACAUGGUUACUGAGGAUGACAAGCGAACCCUGAGGGACAUUGAGACGUUCUACAACACCACCAUUGAGGAGAUGCCCAUGAAUGUGGCCGAUCUUAUCUAGAAGAAUUCACACGCCCUUCGUCCACACCCACCCUGCUUAUUUUAGAAGUCAAACCUUGUUUCUUAUACGAUCUGAAUUCUAAGAACUUCCUUUUGCUGAAUUCCAUGACUUUACCCUGUACAUUCUAAGGAGGGAAGAAUGCAGCCAUUAUUCCUUCCAAACAUUUUGUAAUAGUUUUCGGCCAUCUUGGAAGGAUGAGUUACUGACCUGCCUCAUCUGCUUGCUAUAGUCCAUUACCCCCAAAUUGGCACCUAAAGUAUUCCUGCAGCUAAUCCCCCUACUCUAAAACUUAAAGGAUUAAUUUGAAAUUUUCCAUAUUGAUGUUUUGCAAACUGAGGACUUUUAACAUAAAACUAAUGUUUGUAACAGUAUCCCACAAGUGCAAAACAUAACUGUUUCCAAAAGCACAUUUAAAAAAAAAAAACAAUGAUGACAAAGGAUUCUAGCUCUGAUUGUUAGGAAAAGCUUAACAUUAAAUUAACAACUUUGCUCAAUUGAUAACAUGCACAAUGCUAAUACAAUGAUGAUUUUCACCUUUGUGAAAUGUCACUGAUUUGCACCUGCACAGCAUCACCAGGUGCUGCACUGCUGGUGACUGAUAGAUGAGCGGUUAAGUCUGUAGUUCAGUUUGGACUCGCAACAAUGAUCUAAAUGAAAUGGGAAGUGCUGCAUUCGACCAGAUCAGUAUUUAAACAACCUUCAGUGUACUUGAAACAGCCAUUAACACACAUCUAUGAUCAUGUUAAGAACAGAGUUUUUGGGGCUGGAGUACACAGGGCAUAUUCAAUAAAGACCUGUAUAGUAAAAUCCAUCAUGAA